ACAUCGUUCAAGGAUGGGGCGACGGAGGAAGGACGGCUCCGCGCCUCGGAAAACUUUGAUGAAAUUCACCUGCAGGAUUUGGAAAAUGUUUUCGACGCCGAGCUGGUGGAUUUUUAUCGUUUAUCUGGCAGGUGUCCUCCCUCCCUGUUGCUCAGGGGUUCAUGUGUUUGUGAGAGAUGAGAAGAGGUAUGCUGUCCUGUUCCAGUCAAUGGUUCUGCCAUGUCAGUACACCAGUGUGUCCACCCAGACCCCUGUAGUGCAGUGGGUCUAUAAGUCGUACUGUCGCGACCGCACGCGGGAUUCCUUCACCUUCCCCGACAGCCUGAGUGGAGGCGUGGGAGGAGGUGGGCUGACAGGUGGAACAGGAGGAGCCGGCGGAGGGUACGAGACGGGGAUGACGGCGAGCUACCUCGACUGCUCUGACAGCAGCCGGACGGUCCGAACUGUGGCCUCCAUCUCUGGUUCCUCAAUCACCCUGUCAGAGUACUACAAGAACAGAGACAUCUCCAUUAUCAACAAGGCAGACCUGCGGAUAGGAGAGGUAAAGUGGGGAGACAGUGGUGUUUACAUCUGCAAAGUGGUUAUAUCUGAUGAUCUAGAGGGACAGAACGAGGCCUCUGUGGAGCUGCUAGUUCUGGGUUUCUCAGGUGUGCCUGAAGAUCUGCUGCCAGACUUUGAUUUGAAGAUUAUGCCAGAGUGGGUGUUUGUGGCGGCGGUGACGCUGGGCAGCGUGUUAUUCCUGCUGUUGGUUGGGAUUUGUUGGUGUCAGUGUUGUCCUCACUCAUGCUGCUGCUACGUCAGCUGCUGGUGCUGCCCCGACACAUGCUGCUGCCCCAGACACCUGUAUGAGGCAGGUAAGGGUAUAAAGACAGGCACCUCCACCCCUCAGACACCUGCCUACCCUCCAUACUUUGUCUCUGGUGUCCCGACCAUGGUCCCCAUCGCUCCCCCCUCCCUAGUGGACAAGAUGUCUUCUGUCCCCCCUUCAAAUGGCAGCCUACUCACAGCAGUGCCGAUGCAUACUGUAGGUGUUCCCUACCGCGUACCUUCACCUCAGGAUCAGGACUCUCUCAGGGUGCUUCAGUAUGUAGAGAAACAACUGGCUCACUUCAACCCUGCCAGGUCCAUCAGCCACCAGUCCUGUAGUCUUUCCGAACUGAGCUCUCUCCACGAGGGAGAAACUGGCUUCCGCCAAACAUACCGAAACAUCCAGAAGAAAGCUCUGCCCAUGAUCCCUGACCAUGACCCUCAGCCUGAACCCCAGCGCUACCGUGACAACCGCAGCCCGGAGCCACAGCGUUACCGUGACGAACCCCCUUCAACCCAGCGCUAUCGUGAUGACCCCAACUCAGAGCCCCGGCGGUGCCAGGACGAGCCUCUUCCUCCGCGACGAUACAGCGACGACCCUCCAUCCUCCUCACAGUCACGCAGGCUUGGCCGUAAUCAGCAGCAGAACCACAGCGAGGAGGACAGCCACAACAGGUGGAACCCUCGCUCAGAACAUCUGCAGAGAAAGACGUUCCGUACUGCAGAACGCACUGGCUCACUGGACGAGCUGGAGGAGUUUGCUUCUUCCUACAGGCAGAGAGGAGGUAGAGGAGCAGAGAAGAGAGAAGAAGAACUCGGAGACUAUGAGAUGGAGUUUGUGGAGUUCAGUCGAUAUCCUUCCCACCGCAAUGGUCCACCUCAGCAUUACCACAAUGAUGAAAGUGAGCUUGGAAGCAACGGGGACCAUGAAGAUCAUCCCAGGCGAAACAGGAAAAAAGGACACAACUUAAGCCCCCUUCCUUCACCCAAAAAGAGGAGGGGCACUUGGGAUAGUGACCAUCCUGUUCCUCCUCCUCCUAGAGUCACUCCACCAUCGACUUCCUCUCAAGACAAGGACUAUGAUGGCACGUUCCUGAACAGCCUGUUGGACCGUAAGGCUAAGUUGCGUGGGGUCAGCCAGGGAAAGAGUGGAGCCCGGGGCGAGGAAGAUUCAGACACACCCUCAAAGGGCAGCUCGAAAAAGAGUAGCGGGGAAUCUAGUCGGCACUGCAGCCGGUCGCCUAGUAACAGGCCAGAGGCUGAUUCACUGACUCCUUAUUCAGACACAGAGCGAAGCAGAACUGACAGGCCAUCUCCACGGCUGCUCCCCGCAAACACUCGCUCCUCCCAACCUCCUGCCCAUUCCAUGACCAGUCGCAGAGAGGAAACCAGAGACAAAUCUCGGAAAGUGAACACUCUUCUCAGCCGAGAUUCCCUCAUUGUCUGAUCGACUGAUAGCCACAGAGACUGAGAUCUUGGAGCAGGCGGAGCAUACACCCAUGAAACUCUACGGGAACUGCGCGUCAGCUGAUAAAAGAUGGUGGAAUUGACUUUGUGUGUGGAGAGCUGAAUCAGUACCAAGAAGAAAUGGACAACAGAUACACUUUUAACUAUCAAGACUGUUACUGGGGCGUUCUGUCUGUGACGUCGCUGAGUGAUGAAGUCAUCACCGCUCAGUUUCUGUCACUGGCUGCCUCGUGUACAUCUCAGCUGGACUAACAUGAACUAAUGUGGGCUGGGUGUAUGACCUGGGCUGUCCCUCCAAGCGGGUCGCUGUUAGUCUCCCCUCAUCCCUUUAUAAAAGGCUCUGCAGCGGAGAGACUCACUUAGCUUCUAGCACAAUAAGAGCAUUCAUUUCCAUUUGAUGAGAUAUCUGCAUUUAAAAAGCUCAGUUGUAGAAUAGAAGGUAUAUGACAACACCAUUGUUUUAAAGGACAUACUGUAGCUCCACUUGUGUGACAACAAACUCACUGUUACAUUCAGUAACAUAUUCAGGGUAUAAGGCACAUAAUUCAGAAGGCUUUAGCAAGGAGACAUUAAGUUAACUAAAACUGGAACAUUACCAAAUUUUGAUAUGAUGUGUAUCGACAGAGGGGGUGGACAUAAUAAUAUGAACGCCUCAUGGAAAAAGACGGGAACUCUUAAAGCCGCUUUAAAGCUACAAUAUGCACGUUCUGGAGAUGAAAGCAAACAAAAAGUAAUGUGCUCCAGGUUUAACCAAUAUUUUUAUAUUGACAAUGGAUCAGAUGGCUGUGUUUAAUGUGAAAGGUGUUGUCAUCCGACUCUGCAGUUCCCCUCACCCCUAUGGAGCGUUUUAGCAGCUUUCAGCUCAUUGUUAGGUUUUUACGGCCCUCCGCUUUAGUGUUUUCAUAGUAAAGUUCACAGCCCUCAUCAGUGUCGUUCCCGCACUGUGGCAGGCAGAAGUUUUCAGCGAAAAAGCUCUAAUAAAACAACUUUACACUACCUGCUCAGCACCAAAGGGCAGACAGACACAGUUAGAGACUAGCUGAACUUAGAGGAGCAUUUAGCAGCUAAGGGGCUCAUAUGUCACUCAAAAGGUUUUGGAAGACUAAAACAGAGUUAAAAGGGCAAAUAUUGGACUUAAAUCCAUCAGGUGGACAGGACCACAACUCCAAACGGAUGCUAAUGUUGCUCCACCUCAGCUGAAUGUGUAAAUAAGCAACUGUUUGCUAACGCAUUUUAUUUGCCAUAACAAAUUUAUAAGGUGAUAAUAUGUCAAUGUUGUGUUUACAGCUUGUGCUGCUUUAAGUAACUUACUCAUACAGUACAUCCACAUGAGCUUUGUUAUAAAAGGUUUAAUGUAGCAUCAUUUAUCAUCUAAAAAAGAAGUCUGGAAAUCAAUAUGAUUAUUUAAAGCUCUGAAGAGGCCAAAUAAUCUGUGCCCAAACUGCAGGAGUGCCUUUCAGAAGAUGGUAAAUUUGCUUGAUGUUCAGAGGAGUCAUUCAAACUCAUGACACUAUAUUUGCCAAAUACAGCAAGCUGCACUGACAAAAUACUAAACUAAUGAGGGUAUCGACUAAUUCUACUAACUGCCCACUGACCUAAUAUCAUCCAUAUUUGUUGCAGCAUUUGCAGCGGUGGUUUAGUUACUUUUAAGUUAAGGUUGUUACUGCUCAUGGAGCAGUAACGGUAUUUGGUCUCUGGACUGUGUGCCAGUGGAGCUUUUCAUAUUCUUUUAAAACAUGUUCGUUUGCACAAAGUAACUGUUUUCUCGAAGGGACUAAAACCUGAUCAAAUUUUCUAUUUUUUUCUAUAAACAGUUAAGGCAUUGAACUACCGCUUGCCUGUAAGACAUGUUUGUACUAAAGUAUGAAGACAUUUUUAUAUGUAAACUCGACCUAUUUAUGUGUGAGGUGCGAUAUGAUCGUUGUACUUUGUAAAUGGUAAUGUUUGCCUAAGCACUCCAGUGUGACUGUGUACAUAAGAUGAAGUGUCUUUGAUAUGAUAACUGUAAUUCGGCCUUUUCUUAUCACUGCUGAGUCUAAACAGCAAAACCAACACCUUCAUGUGUUAUCUAACAACCACACACACACAAAUACAAAACACACAUUAACCUACCGAUUUUUGGACAUCUGUCAUUUAUAUUACUUCUGUUUUAGCAUUACACCGUGCAGUAUUUUAUUAUUCCUGUCAGCAUGGUGGGUAGGCUUGUCUUGAGAAAAGUCUAAUGUUAGUGUUUAGUUUUCUUCUGCUGUCUAGUACUGACAACUGUCUGUGUGUGUGUGUGUGUGUGUGUGUGUG